GAAGGCUAUUAUUGCCUCACCACCGCUAUACCGGACGGAGGUCGGAGGAGAUGGAUGGCGCCGGAAGCUGGGACGCCCUCGAGUGGACCAAAAUCGAGCGCGUUUCUAGGUCAGCCUCUCAUGGCAUGGCUGAGUUCCUGUUGGAGGCCGAGCAAGUUAUAGCCCAAGGCCAUGGUGUUGUUCUAGUAAAUACGGAUGAAGCGGGUACAUUAUCAGUAACAAACUUUCGCCUUCUUUUUGUGAGCGAAGCAUCUCGGGAUAUAAUUGAACUUGGCACAAUACCGUUGGCAACAAUUGAGAAAUUCACUAAACAGGUGGUAAAGCUCUCUUCAGGUCAGCGCCAGUCAGAGAAGACACCAUCAAGACGACUGCUUCAAGUUAUUGGUAAAGACAUGCGAAUUAUCAUGUUUGGAUUUCGACCUAGAACUAAGCAGAGACGUUCCAUAUAUGAAGCUUUGUCAAGAUAUACAAGGCCAGCGCAGUUGUGGGAUCUUUAUACAUUUUCAUGUGGUCCCUGCAACUUAAUUAACAGCAAUCCAAAGUCACGUUUGCUGGAUGAGUACCAUCGUCUUCUUGGGAAAAGGUUUUUUCAUGCUUCAAGUGACAAUACUCAGGAUGAGUACUCUAUGUCAAAUGAUUUUUGGAGGAUUACUUCAGUAAAUUCCGACUACACUUUAUGUGCAACUUAUCCUUCCUCUUUGAUCAUACCGAAAAAUAUUAGAGAUGAAGAUAUAUUGCAAGCAUCUUCUUUCCGCGCAAGGUGCCGUUUGCCUGUUAUUUCAUGGUGCAACCCAGUGACUGGUGCUGUUCUUGCUCGUUCAUCUCAGCCAUUAGUUGGUCUUAUGAUGGGUAUGAGGAGCAAUGCUGAUGAGAAGCUUGUUGCUGCACUUUGUACAGAUAUAGUUGAUGGCAAAGUAUCUCGAAAAAGCAACAAAAAGCUCUACAUUGCUGAUGCGAGGCCUAGAAAGAAUGCUUUAGCAAAUGGUGCAAUGGGUGGUGGUUCAGAGUCUUCAUCUCAUUAUUCCCAAUCUGAGGUUGUCUUCUUUGGGAUUGACAACAUUCAUGCCAUGAGAGAGAGUCUAUCUCGACUUAGAGACUAUGUGGAUACUCAUGGAACAACUUCAUCUGAUGGAAUGUCAUCCUUUUUGAGAAAUGGUGGAUGGACAUGGGGUGGAGGCAACCUAAGUAGCAUGUCAGCUUCUGUUUCAACUCUGGGUGAGAGUGGGUGGUUAAACCAUGUGCAGAGUGUCCUUGCUGGUUCUGCUUGGAUUGCUGCGCGUGUUGCCAUGGAAUCUGCUACUGUUCUUGUCCAUUGCAGCGAUGGAUGGGAUAGAACGACUCAGCUAGUCUCACUUGCUAGUUUACUACUCGACCCAUUCUACAGGACAUUUAAGGGAUUUCAGGCUCUAGUAGAAAAAGAUUGGUUAGCCUUUGGUCAUCCAUUUGCAGACCGUAUGGGUAUCCCAACUGUAUCUGGAAGUGGUAGCACACCUUCAGAAUUAUUGAGGCAAACUUCUACAAGAAGUCUUUCGACAUCCUCAAUUCGGACUUCAGGGUCAGGAUUUUCAUCUACAACUGGGAGUUCCUCACAUGGGCAGACAUCGAACAAUUCUUCUCCCAUAUUUUUGCAGUGGGUGGACUGCAUUUCUCAGUUACAAAGGAUGUAUCCAUGUGCUUUUGAGUUCUCCUCGGCUUUCCUAGUUACUUUUCUAGAUUGCGUGCUCUCUUGCCGCUUUGGGAACUUUUUGUGCAACAGUGAAAAGGAGAGGGAGCAGGCUGGUGUGUGGGACAAUUGCAGUUGCAUGUGGGUGUCUUUGACCAACUUACGAGCAGCUGAGGGGGACUCACAUCCUCAUCACAACCCCUUCUAUGAUCCAAUGAAACAUGAUCGUCCGCUGUUGCCUGCAGCUGCUGCAUUAGCUCCAACUAUAUGGCCCCAAUUUCAUUUGCGAUGGGCAUGCCCUUCAGAAGCACAGGGUGGGGAGCUGGAAGCGCAGUGGCAUAUUUUGAGCAAAAAAUAUGCUGAUAUGUCAAAGGCAAAGGAGAGAGCAGUUUUGAAGGCAAAAGAUUUGAAAGUUCGUACAGACUUAUUGGCUGCAGAACUGGAGAAGGAAAAACAGGCCUGCAGCUCAUCUUUAACCAUGGCUAGAAGGGCCUGCAGAGAGAAUUUAGCCAUAAAAAGGGCAAUACAGUCACUCGGAUGCAAAGUACAGUUCUCAACAGAUGGUGGUCUAGAGUCAGGAGGAACCAGAGAGAACUUGCCAUCUUCUCUCAGAAGAGACUUACAUGCUGCAUCUGGACAGAGCAAUGAAGGAAUGGAUCUCUCUGUUUCUAUAGUAGCCGUGGAUGAUAACACGGAUGAUAAUAUGGUUCAUGUUAACACACUUAGCAGGGUGUGCGAUACUUUCUGCCCAUUUAGAACGGGGGAAGGCUGCAAGUGGCCUGAUGGUGGAUGCCCACAGCUUGGCAGCCAGUUUGUUGGAUUGAAGGCAAACUUUGAUGCAUUUGAUCGGCUUUCUAUAUAUGAUCAGUAUUUUGGAUCAGAAUAGAGCUGCCAUAGAACUUCCAUUGGUUUCUCCAUCCAGUUUCCUCGAAGUAGAGCUGACUAUUUUGGAGGAAGUAGUCUGUAUUUCUCCAGUGAGAUUAGUUUCACAGGAAGCAGGACGAUGAUAUGGUGAGUAAAGAACACGACUUUUGCUGUUUAUAGAUGCAUAAGAAUGUAUCCAUCGAAGAGCUGUUAAAGUGAAGCGGAUGCAAGGAUCUAAAUUUGUAUGCAGUCGAGGAGUUUGAAUACUAUUUUUUUCUUCAACUUCCCCCCUUGUCGAGUGUACGGCACUCAUCAUUUUUUAUCUGUACAUAUUUACCAAAUGAAAAAAAUGUACAAAUUGAAACGUGGUGCUCGGAUGUCGAAAUAGUUCUAUAAGCAGUUGAAAAUUUGUUGAUUAGGUGA